AUGUCUGAAAAUUCAUAUCACUGUAUUUACUGCAAUAGUCGUGUAGCUGCUCUUUACACCCAAUAUGCUGAGGAAGUAAUUAAGAUUGAACAUUGUCCUAGAUGUGGGAAUGUUUCUGACAAAUAUAUCGAAUAUGAUUUGUUUCUAGUUAUUAUCGAUCUUCUCAUUGGUCGUCUUGAAGCGUAUCGUCAUGUUAUUCAUAAUGUUCCCAGUCUCAGUCUUCAAAAGAUACUUUCUAUGUCUAUUUUGUUGAAUGCUUUUGUGUCUUGGCUUAGUGAGCAACCAAAAACUGAGAACAAUCUGGCUAAUCUUUCUUUUUCUUUCAAUUCGGAUCUAUUUAUUCACAUUGUAUCAAUUUUCUGGUGGUGUUCUUGCUUUUGUUUAGCAAUUAUAUUUUUGUUUCCGAUCACUAAAAUAACUACUGUAUCCGAAUUAAUUAAAGUGUUGCUUAUUGUUAACCUCAGCAGAUUAUUAACUUUCCUUCUAAUUACGUGGAAGACUGAGUUCGAUUCCAUUUUUUUAGGAACAUUACAGUUUUAUCCUUUUGUUUCCACUUGUGUGGCAUUAACACCAUGUAUACAAAGUUUAAGAGCUGUAAAUAAUCUCAAUUUAACCACAGCUUUUUGUUUGGGCAUAUUUAUAUGUACUGUUUGUUUUUUCUCAUCUACCGUUAUACUACCAAAUAUAUUAAUGUUUCUAUAA